AUGGUAGCGACGCCCAAGUUCCACGUGACUCAAGACACUACGUGGGUGUUUGUUCACGUUCACGUACCAUACGUUCGUGUGUCAGACAUGGAGUUUUACGUUGAUGGAGUUGAUUUUACAUUUUACUGCAAACCAUACUUGCUCAAGUUGCACUUUCCGUACGAGGUUAUGGACGACGAGCUUGCCAAGGCUGUAUACGACCCCAAUAAGGACAACGGUACGAUUGUGAUACAUUUGCCUAAGAAGGAACCUGGGCAGUACUUUACAGACCUUGACAUGCUCACGAAACUACUACUGCCGCAAAGCAUACCCACAAAAAGUAUAGCAAAUUGUCACGGCAAAGCACCACUUAUUGAAGUCUUGGAAUCGACGAGUCCAACGUCCAUCGGGACUUUUCAAGAAGAGAACGAUCGAUUGAAUGCAUUGAUUGAUGGCAAAUCAUUUGACUCUAAAACAACAACGACAAAUACUUCAAUUUCAAGCAUGGAAUCCAAUUCCUCGCUUUUAAAACUUGAAACUUCAGCACCGCAAAAAGUCAUAAAUUCCAUCACGCUCAAUUCAAUAAAAACUCCUGUUAAGUCAACAAACAUUCGCGUUACUGAAGUUACACCUACGUAUGGAUUCAAUCGUGCGUACAGUAACUUUUUUCGCGUCUGGCAUGGUGAAGUGAGUGAGAUAAUAUCUCUACCUGAUCCAGAACAUGUUCAAACUGAAGAACGACGGAAUUUACGGGAAGAUGCAGAGGAAAAGAUGUUUGAUAUAGAACGCUACCUGAUGGACGUUGGAAAUCAGAAAGAUGACAUGUACUUUAAACUUGCUAUGACCUACGAGCCUUUUUGGAGAAAAUAUCCCGUCUUGACAUCCAAUAAUAUUACACGAGAAGAGAGCACAAAUCUCGACAUCAAUCGUAUGAAUGAUAGCCUCAACAUCUUGUCUUUAAAUGCUACUUUAUCUCCCUCGUCAACUGUACCUUUUGCUUCGGAAACAAGUGUCACAUUUACUGAUAUUGAGCAAGAAAUCCUACUUCGACUUCCACGAAAAGAGUAUUUGUUGCCAGAAGGAAGUGAUGAUGAGAUUUUGGUCAUUGGUGGUCUCGUGGAUAUUCUCAUCGGCUUUGUAUACGACCAAUUGACUACACAAGGCGAUAGUGGAGUAGAAUCUACGUGGACGGUGAGCAUUUUAAGCCCCACGUUAUCAUGGCUAGAUUCGAAUUCCGACUUGCAUGAUGUGAUACGCUCAGCCAUACGUCGCAUGAUAACCUUUCCAUUCCUAAGACAAUAUGACCUCGCGAUGCGCUGUGUGGAGGAGGCGAAUGAGGUUUUAAAACGAGGAAAACGCGUCGUCUUACGAGCUCUGCUCACCCUCUACCGAAUCAUUGAAAAGUCAGAAACACAAUAUCUACUCAACUCACUUUAUAUUCAGGAUUACUGUGUAUGGAUUCAAUCUGUUUCAAAUGAGCGGCUUCAACAGGUAAGCGUAGAGCUCGAUAAACAAAUCGCGGCGUUCACAAAGAGUAAGACAGGAUGGGCAUUGGAAGAGCUCGAACGUAGGCUCUUUGAGACUGACUGUGAACACGAAACAAUAGCUUUGUCUUCCAGCUCAGACUCAGAUUAUGAUAACGUAACUUCUAGCGAAGAAGACACAAGCGAUGAUAGUAGCAGUUAA